CAAAGAGCCGCGAGUCGGCAUCGGCCUGUUGACGUGCAAAGUCUUUUUGCGAUUCCUUCCGUGUGGACACAUUUUCCGCGGAUUAUUCCGAUAUUGGAUCGGAUUGUUGGGGUGCAUUUACGUAAAUUGAGCAAAACCUGUUUCUGUGAACCCGUGUCCGGCGAUCUGCACUGAACGAUGAGUACGAUUUUGGAAAAGAUCGCCCAAAUCGAGGCCGAGAUGGCCCGUACUCAGCGGAACAAGGCCACGGCCGGUCAUUUGGGUCUGCUGAAGGCUCGACUGGCCAAGCUGCGGCGAGAGCUGAUCACACCGAAGGGAGGCGGCGGUGCGUCCGAGCAGGGCUUCGAAGUGUCCAAAACCGGAGAUGCCCGGGUUGGGUUCGUCGGAUUUCCAUCGGUGGGCAAGUCGACGUUGUUGUCGAAUUUGGCCGGGGUGUACUCGGAAGUGGCAGCAUACGAGUUCACAACGCUGACGACGGUUCCGGGCUGCAUCAAGUACAAGGGAGCAAAAAUUCAGCUGCUCGAUUUGCCGGGAAUCAUUGAAGGCGCCAAGGAUGGUAAGGGUCGUGGUAGACAGGUCAUCGCCGUGGCCCGGACGUGUAACUUGAUCUUCAUGGUUCUGGACGUACUGAAACCGUUGACGCAUAAAAAGCUGCUGGAGCAUGAAUUGGAAGGUUUCGGGCUGAGGUUGAACAAGCAGCCGCCGAACAUCAGCUUCCGGAAGAAGGACAAAGGCGGGGUGAAUUUGAAUGCUACGGUGGCACAAUCGGAACUGGACCUGGACACGGUCAAGUCGAUUCUGUCCGAGUACAAGAUUCACAAUGCGGACAUCACACUGAAGUACGACGCCACGACGGAUGAUCUGAUCGAUGUGAUCGAAGGCAACCGCAUCUAUAUUCCCUGCAUUUACCUGUUGAACAAGAUCGAUCAGAUCAGCAUCGAGGAGCUGGACGUGAUCUACAAGAUUCCGCACUGCGUACCGAUUUCGGCCCAUCAUCAUUGGAACUUUGACGAUCUGCUGGAAAUGAUGUGGAAGUACUUGAGGCUGGUGCGCAUCUACACGAAACCGAAGGGACAACUGCCGGACUACAGUUCACCGAUUGUGCUACAUAACGAGCACACAACUAUUGAGAAUUUCUGCAACAAACUGCAUCGCACGAUCGCAAAGGAAUUCAAAUAUGCCUUGGUGUGGGGAUCCUCCGUGAAACAUCAGCCGCAAAAGGUCGGCAUUGAUCACGUGUUGAACGACGAGGACGUCGUGCAGAUCGUGAAGAAGGUUUGAGCAACCGUCGUCCAUCCAGUGCUACUCUGCGCGGAAUCAGCAAGCAACAAUUGUGUAAGUCUAUUACUAACUAUUAAAUCAUUUAUGCAACAGUUUCUUUUUGAAAAUGGCAAAA